AAUAAUGAUUCCGUAGUCAACUGCCGGGGAAUCUGGGCACCCCAGUGCCUCCGGAGGGUGCAGCGGGGCGUAGGCAAGGGCAGGGGGAGUGGGCGAAGCUGCUGGUUGGUGCCUGAAAUCUGUGCGUUGCCCCUUUAAUUGUGUCCCCAGCCCUCGGGCGUUUCUGUCCAACGCCCACGUCAGCAAAUACCUUUUGUUUCUCUCACGUUGGGGCUACUUGUUUUAGGGCGUAAAGGAACGGCUUCGAGAGGGGGUAUUUCCCCUGCCGGGAACCGGGAGUCUUCCCCCAGCCCGCGCGCGCGACCCGCCGGUGCGCCGCGGCCCGCGGACAAUCCUUCACGUAUAGACUGUGUUUGACUUGGAAUCUUCCCGUUUUCACUCCAUUCAAUUGACUUAGCAGGGUUUCAAGAGCAGCAUUUGUAAAUUUCCAGAAUGGAGAUCUCCUCUCAUCAGUCUCACCUCCUGCAACAACUGAAUGAGCAGCGCAGGCAAGAUGUGUUCUGUGACUGCAGUAUCCUAGUUGAAGGGAAGGUCUUCAAAGCACAUCGGAAUGUAUUAUUUGCUAGUAGUGGCUACUUUAAAAUGCUUCUUUCUCAGAAUUCGAAGGAGACCAGUCAGCCAACCACGGCUACAUUUCAGGCUUUCUCUCCUGACACUUUUACAGUGAUCCUGGACUUCGUCUAUUCCGGCAAACUCUCUCUUACUGGUCAGAAUGUCAUAGAAGUGAUGUCAGCUGCUAGUUUCCUUCAGAUGACUGAUGUCAUUAGUGUAUGUAAGACCUUUAUUAAAUCUUCUUUAGACAUUAGUGAGAAAGAAAAAGAUCGCUAUUUCAGUCUCUCUGAUAAAGACGCCAAUUCUAAUGGUAUAGAACGUUCCUCUUUUUAUAGCGGUGGCUGGCGAGAAGAAAGCAGUUCUCCACCUUCUCACCUAAGCCCAGAUCAAGGAACAGGUAUAAUAAGUGGAAAAUCUUGGAGUAAGUAUAAUUACCAUCCAGCCUCCCAAAGGAAUACUCAACAACCUUUGGCCAAGCAUGAACAAAGGAAAGAUGCCAUUAAAAAAUCCAAACAUUUGAGGUUGUCACAGCCUUCUGAAGUUGCCCAUUAUAAGUCAAGCAAACGAGAAGCACGAGCAUCUGAUUCUUCUAGCCACAUUUCCCAAUCUGACGAACAAGCACAAAUUGAUGCUGAAAUGGACUCUACUCCCGUUGGCUAUCAGUAUGGUCAAGGAUCUGAUGUCACAUCCAGAAAUUUUGCAGAUGAUCUGCCCAGGAUGCGAUUCAAGUGCCCAUACUGUACGCAUGUGGUGAAGCGGAAAGCAGACCUAAAGCGCCACCUUCGUUGUCACACAGGAGAGAGGCCCUAUCCAUGUCAAGCUUGUGGAAAAAGAUUUAGCAGGCUAGACCAUUUAAGUAGCCAUUUUCGAACAAUUCACCAGGCAUGCAAACUAAUCUGCAGAAAAUGCAAACGCCAUGUGACUGAUCUAACAGGUCAAGUGGUACAGGAAGGAACCAGGCGCUACAGACUCUGUAAUGAGUGCCUUGCUGAAGUCGGCAUAGACAGCCUCCCCGUUGAUUUGGAAGCUGAACAGCAUCUUAUGUCACCAUCAGAUGGAGAUAAGGAUUCCAGAUGGCACUUGAGUGAAGAUGAGAAUAGAUCAUACGUGGAGAUUGUAGAGGAUGGGUCUGCUGAUCUGGUCAUACAACAGGUUGAUGACAGUGAAGAAGAAGAAGAAAAGGAAAUAAAGCCCAACAUUAGGUAGUUGUAAUGUGAACCAACAGAGCUGCAUGUCUGCAACUUACACUGACUUCUUGUGUCUCUCUCUCCAUGGUCAGAGUCUGGUUAACAAAUUGAUCAGACUGACUUAUAAGUAAUGACCUGAUAUAACUUGCAUGCUUUCUGAACAGGCCAUUGUAUCCAUUCUGAACUUUGUUGCCCUAAAAUAUGUUGCUGCACUGGAAAGAAAGACCUAGCUUGAGUUGGCAUGAUGGAUGAACAAUUAAUCCUCUUACUUUUAUUACAGAGAUACCUUUUUCUUUUAAUAUUGGAAGAUCUACUUAGUAAACUCUUCUCAAAGAAAAUAUUUUAAAUAAAUUUACCACAACCAAACUUUACAUAAGAUAAUUUCAAGGUGUUUCAAAAACACAUAAACUACCAAUAUUGAAUUUUCACAGGGAACCAGGUAAGAGCACAUUUAAGGGUCUGGCACCCUCCUGACUGACCUAAUAAGUCUUUCUAUUAACUUCAGAAAUAAAACAACCUAUCAUUAUUCUAAUAUCCUAAAUGUUUUAGGAUUGUGGCAGAAGACAAAUCUAAACUGUUUGAAAUUGUUCAUAUUUGAAAUUUUUGUCAUUAAGUUAAAAAUUAGUCUUACGUAGUUAGUAUUGUUUAAAAAAAAAAAACCAAAAACCUAAAGUAGAGUUAAGAACUUUUACCAGUUUUUAAGAGUGAUUUCUAACAUUUAUGUACUGCUGUAUUAUUUAUCAAGUGCUCUCUCAUAUUUUCUCACCUAAUCAGCACGGUAAAUAUUGUUGUCUCUGAUUUACAAAUGAGGAAAUUAAGGUCAGAAAGUUUAAGUGGUGGGACUGGUGACUAGCAGGUUUUGAUUUUAAACGGUCCUCUUUCAACUUUCUCUCCUUGUAUUGUCUCCUGAAAUACCGAAGAAUUAAGUCAAAUCUCACCAAUCUGCAGUAAUUAUAAAAAGAAGCCUAUCAGAAUUAGAAAGUAUAAAAGAAAAAUAAUUUCAUCAUCUUCAACAACAUAUAAUAUCUUGAACUAGAGUUAUUCAAAUAGUCCUAAAUAAUGUCCCUACAGUAUCUAUUGACAUGUUUUUAUGUCAUUAUUUAUAUGUAAUUUUUAUAUAUAAAACUAUUUGAGCAAGUUAUUCUCUUAAAUGCUUUAAGCAUUUUUGCUUGUUUAUAUAAUUUUUCAAAACAAACUUUUCUCUUACGAUAAAAAGUUAAGUUUAAACUCCUCCUCUGCAUGAAUUAUGAAACAUUCCAAAAUUAUAGUUAAAUUGGAGGAUUAUUUUAGUUCUAAAGAUAAAAUCUAAAUACCAGAAGAACUGACCUUCAUAAAGGUCUCUGCAAGUUAUCACAGUUAAGCUUGAUGUAAUUUAAUUUUGAUAGAGACUCCAUGUAUUACAGUGUAUUUGUAAAUGCCAUGGCAUACCUCAAGACGAUACUUUCUUUGUUUUUUUCUCUUAUUCUUUAAUUAAUGAUUGUCCUUAAUACCAAUUUGUGGGCUGAAAUGGUUAAUUUCUUUUAAAAUUUUUUAUAAAUAGAUGAAUAACAACUUUGUUUUAUGGUACUUAAUUCUGAGACUCAAGAUUCCCCUGAUGGUAAAUUUCCAGUUGCUUCAAGACUGGAUGAUGUGCAUGAGUUCAUUGUUCUCCCAACAUAACCAUUCCUGAAUCAGGAUUCUUAACAAUUAAGUUGUAUCCAAAUGAGGAAGGGAACACUUGUCAUUCUCUAGUCUCACCAGAUGAUUGCAACAUCUUUCAAAAUUAUAAUCUGAUUUUUAGUCGUUGGAAAAAUGACUGAUUUGAGCUUUAUUCAUAGAAAUGACGUAGUGCUUGCAUGUAUACACUCUAAUGCACUUUAUGAUCUAAAUUUUUUUAUGCUAUUAUCUUUUGCAUGCAGAUUUUAUAUACAUCAGCAUGAAUGUCAGCAAAGUCCACUGAACACAGUGCCACCAGCACUUAUAGAGCCUUAUCAGAAAUAACGCUUUCUCAUAAUUGUUUAUAACAAGCAUCAAGCAAUCCCCACAAAACAGCUAAGUUCACCCAACUAGACAGCGCAUCUGUUCUAUUAUUUUAGUAUCAUAAAAGAACAUUCGUGACAUGUUUGUAAGUUGUAAAUAAUAACUUGUUGUAUCAUAUAUACCUAAGACCUUAGAGACCAAUUCUUUCCUAGAGUGAAACUGUCUAUGAAUGGUUUCUUAGAAAACUGAAUUCUUUGGCUUUUAAAUGUGGGAAAAUGUUACAUAGGGGUAUAAUCUGUUAAUAUAAGCUUUAUUUAUGCCAAGAAUUUUUUUUUAAUGUUAGGAAAAUAAUGAGAGUUGGUUAGACCAAAGUUUGCUCUUACAGUAAUGCUGUUUAUCAGCUUCUGAAGGCCCUUCUAACUCUAUGGUCCUCAAGAGUGUCUGGUUGAUGGGAUGAUGUUUUGCAAAUAUAAAGCACCAGUCCAGUUGUGCCUAGUGUCUGGAGGAAGCAAAAUGGACUAGAUUAGCAGUUUAAAAGAUUUUUUUUUUUUACCCAAGAAACCUUUUCUUGAAAUGAAUUGUUUCAUAGAGAAGUUCAAUCUUGAAGGGAGAAACUAAAAUCAGAGCUGCUCUGGUUAAAGCUCCCUACAGGCCUUUCCCCAGACACCUCUGCAGAGCUCAGGAGUACGGCAUUGAAAACCUUGGAACAAGAUAACGUUUUGAAUUCCCUUUGAGCAUUGCAGUCUCAUUUCCUUACUCCUCUUACUGUGCUUAUAAGCCAGUAACAGUAGGGUCUCUCAGAGCCGCAAAUCACAUCCUUAGUAUACAAUGCUCCUUCUAUAGUUAUCAUGUCUUAAGACUUUUCAAGAACAAAUUUUUCAAUAUUAUAUUUUUGAGUAAUGAAAUCAAAACAAAUAUAGUUACUACUUUUGUGUUACCAAGUUACUGCUUAAUGGAUAAAAGUUUGGUGUUUCAAUUACUUAUGAGCUCAGAACUCAAUGCAUUAAAGUUAUUUUGCCAAGUCAUGCUAAGAUAUAUUGAAACUUCCACUCAUAUUGGGUUUUUAUAUGUAUAUAUUUUUGAGUCCUAAAAGUAAUACUAUGGAAAACCACUAAAAACAGUACAGCAUAAGAUGUGUUUAACUGGGAAGGGUCAUAAUAAUAGGUACUGGAGGACCAAACUUUAGAUUAUAAAUGGAAAGUUCUAUGUUAUUUUAUAUUGGAGUGGAUCAGUAUUACUAUUUAUCAUUUAUAUAGCAUUUUAUAUUUGCAAAAUAUUUAAUAAUUUUUAUGUUAUUCUUUAUAUAUCUAUGAAAUAGGACAGUUAUCCCACAGGAAAGGUCAGGAAAUUGAGGCACAGACAGUAAAGCAACCUACCUGAGACAACCCAGUGAAACAAUGGCAAAAAUAGGAAUUAGAAUGAUCAGAUUUUCUGAAUCCUAGAAUAUCAGCUUAAUUCUCUGAGGUGUGUUUGUGUAUUAUUCUAUUUUGUAAGAUGGCUUUAUACAAAUAACAGUCAAUUGUUUUAAAGCUGACAUUAUUGUAUGUGGAUAAAUCCUAUACAGAAUAAAUAUUAUGUAAAGGAUGAGACUUUAAUUACAAGAGUUUCAAUGAUAAAAUUCAGAUUAUCACAGAAGUGGCACUACUUAGCCAGCAGCUUUAUAUAUUGUGAAGUAAAAUUAAUAUUUUAUUUUGAUCAGGAGUUUCUUAACUAUUCAUGCUAAUGGAGCCAUGAAUAGACCAGGAAAAUGAAAUCCACAGAGGAUCUAUAAACUUCAUUUUCUAACAUGUUAGUCACUUUCUCCCUACAGAACUUGUAUUAAUGCCAACAAAAAGUCAAAUAUGUUAAUAAGCAAUAAACCAUGAGAGAAGCCACAGGCCUCUUAACUUUUAAAGGCAAAUUAUUUGAAAUGUACUUACUUAAAUCACAUGAUAACACUUUCCCCAUCCCUUUUUGUUUUAUUCACACCAGUAAAAGCCUUUGGAUACUUUAUCACCUUUACAUAGGAAAACAGUGACCAGGGUAAUGCCAGUCACCUCUUUACCUUUGGGUUUGAUUAGAUCAUUUGCAAACAUUAUUACGUUGAAUACAGAUUGUAAAGUUCAUCUAAGAAUUGAUUAUACUUGGUUUUGCUCUUUCAGAUUUCUAGAUACACAAAUCCAUUAUACAGUUUCUUGAUUUUUCCCAUUGGGAAAAUCUU